AUUCUAUUUACUGCAUUCCAGACCAUUGCCUAGUUACCAGCUGCAGGGGUUUAGAGUCAAAUUGGUAUCCAUACUUUGCCUUUUCAACAAUUCCCUAAUUGAUUUAGGAAGUACAGCUUUAUAAGGAAACACAAGAGGCUUUGUGAGGCAACAUGGAUGCUAUAAUAAAUGCGAUACAACAUUGGUAUAAAAAGUACAUCAAGCGCAUAGAGGAAGCACCUGUGAAGCUACUAGACCACAACUUUCACCACCAUAAAAUAAAAGUAUACGGUUUGGAGCUGAGAAAUCCAGAGCUAACGCUGGAGGAGAGAGCCAAAGCUGCACUAUAUAUCGGGACGCUAGCUUACACAGGUGGAAUCAGUGCUGCUGACCUUGCAUCAGACUAUAUUCGGGACAUGAUUGAUGUUUUAAUCAUGCCAGAUACUUCCAGCAGUGUGAGGAUCCCAGUGUUAAAAGGGAUAGCUGCGGUAUGCUACAUAAACUAUGGCAACCAAAGCAUAGCCAAAGAAAACCAUCUUUCUGAUGUUCUCCUUGCAUGUCUUGAUGAAGAUGAAGAUGACCCAGAUGCCGAACUGGAUUUAAUCAUUGUGAAGUUCUGGGCUUGUUACGUUAUGACUAUCGUCUGCUGUAACAACCUCCCUAAUAUUAAAUUGUUUCAGGAUUCAGGGGGCCAAACACUGGAGGAAAGGCUGGAAUCCCUGUCUAGAAUGGAAUGGUUUGGCUGGCCAGAAAAUUAUGCUGAAGUGAUGUUUGAGCUUCUGGGAUACCAGAAGGAAGAAGAUGACAGCUAGGGCCCAGGAAAGCCCAGAAAUACACAUGUAAAUUGAGAAGGGCUGGGGUAUUACAGUCUGCACCACAAUGACUUCUACACAGUAUAGUAUUCCUCUAUUCUUGUUCCUAAAGGUUUGAGAUUAAAAACAACUGAACAGUAA